AUGCUUAAUGAUUGUGGUAUGCUAGAAUUUCCUUUCACAUGUGAUAUGCUUUCUUGGGUGGGGAAGAGGGCAGGAGGAUCAACAGUCCGAUAUCUUUUAGACAGAGCUGUAGGAAAUGUAGACUGGCAUGAGAAGUUUCCCCACUCGGCUGUAAAGUACAUGAGGCUAUGGGGAUCGGAUCAUCGUCCGAUUCUUGCAGAUAUACUCAUAAAGCCAACGAGAAGAUCCAAAAAUUUUAAGUUUGACAAAAGAUGGUUGGAUAAUGAAGAGCUAAGGCAAGUUAUCCUUGAGGGAUGGAAAUCUCCUGAUCUUCCUCCCAAUGCGUCUAUCAUAGAACAUAUCUCCAGCUGCAGGAGAGCCUUGUGUGAAUGGCGAAGGCAAAAUAAUGUCAAUUCGGCAAAAUUAGUGGAGGAGCUUAAAGAAAAGGUAGAAGGAUUGUAUGCAGAUGAUAAUGCCACAACUGAGGAAAUUGCAGCAGCCCUAAAAGAACUCUCAUAUGCCCUUAAAGCAGAAGAGAUGUUCUGGAAGCAGAAGAGUCGGGUGUUUUGGUUGAGAGAAGGAGAUAGAAAUACAAAAUUUUUCCAUGCCUUGACGAAGCAAAGAAGAGCAAGGAAUAAGAUCACACAGCUCCUAGAUGAGAAUGGAAAUAUUGUUGAGGAUGAAGAAGGACUAGUAGCCAUUGCUACUAGUUAUUUUAGGCAAAUUUUUGAAUCGUCGAAUCCAGAGGAAAUUGAGGAGGCGUUAGCUCAAGUUCCAACAACGAUCACUGGUAAUAUGAAUACCAACCUUACAGCCCCGGUCUCUGAAUGGGAAGUCAAAUUAGCGCUUUUUGCCAUGCAUCCAGAGAAGGCCCCAGGACCAGAUGGGAUGACUGCGUUUUUUUACCAGAAAUUCUGGGAUAUAGUAAAAGAGGAUUUAACUCUUAUGGUUAAUAAAUUCCUUUUUGAGGGGGUAAUGGCGAGUGGACUGAAUGAUACAAAUAUAUGUCUUAUCCCGAAGGUAACAAAGCCAAAUGCAAUGGCUCAGUUUAGGCCCAUUAGUCUGUGCAAUGUCAGCUACAAGAUAAUCUCUAAGGUCUUAUGCCAGAGGUUAAAAAAGGUACUACCAGGCUUGAUAUCGGAAACCCAGUCAGCCUUUGUUGUUGGGAGACAGAUUUUAGAUAAUGUUAUGAUCGCUCAGGAAAUGUUCCAUGCAUUGCGAACAAAGCCAAGUGGGCGGAAUAAAAGGAUGGCCAUCAAGAAAGACAUGAGCAAAGCAUAUGAUAGGAUGGAGUGGUCCUUUAUUGAAGCUGUCCUGCGUAAGAUGGGAUUCUCAGGGACUUGGAUCAGCUGGGUCAUGCGAUGCAUUACAUCGGUGAAAUAUAAAGUUCUCAUGAAUGGAGAGCCAAGAGGGAAUAUUACUCCAGAAGUAAUGAAAGUAGUCAGAAGAUAUGGCAAAGCAUCUGGUCAAUGUAUCAACUUUGAUAAAUCGUCCUUACACUUCGGUAAGCGGAUUAAUGCAACCACUAGACAAGAGAUCAAAGAUGCACUUGGGAUACAAAAUGAAGGUGGAAUGGGAACAUACUUGGGCAUCCCCGAAGACAUAAGCGGAUCUAAAUGCAAACUUUUUGCAUUCCUGAAAGAUAAGCUGAUGCAUAGAGUGAAUGGAUGGACAGGUAGAUGGCUCUCAAAAGGUGGAAAGGAAGUGUUGAUUAAAUCCAUCCUGCUUGCUCUCCCGACAUACGUCAUGUCGACUUUCCUGCUCCCAUUGGAGAUAUGCGAAAAUUUAGCCAAUGCCAUCGCCCAAUUCUGGUGGAGCUCAAACCCACCAAAGAGAGGUAUACACUGGGCAAAAUGGGAAAAAGUGUGUCUACCAAGAGAGGAGGGUGGAAUUGGCUUCCGAAUGAUUCAUGAGUUCAAUCUGGCGUUUCUGGCUAAACAACUAUGGAGACUAGUACAGUUCCCUGAUUCUCUUGUCGCUCGAGUUUUACGGGGAAGAUAUUAUAGAUUGAGUUCUCCCUUGAGAGCAAACGAUGUGACCAGCCCAUCCUAUGUGUGGACUAGCAUUUAUGCUGCAAGAAAAUUGCUAUUACUGGGCAUUAGACAGAAGGUUUAUUCAGGCUAUGAAGUUAAGGUAUGGGAGGAUCCAUGGAUCCCAUCGACCCCCGCGAGGCCAGCUGUCCCCAUAGCGCCUGUGAUGCAUCCUAAUAUGAGAGUAAGCGAUCUUAUUGAUCAGGGAGUAAAGGAAUGGGAUGUGGGACAAUUGGAGAAUUAUGUUCAUCCUGAGGAUAUACCAUUCAUAAGGAGCUUGGCAAUAAGUUCAGCUCAUCGUCGUGAUACCUUCUGCUGGGACUUUACAAGAAAUGGCCAAUACACAGUCAAAUCUGGAUAUUGGGUGGCUCAGAAUUUAUUAAAGGUAGCGGAGGAAAGGGAUGUUUUAGAGCCAAUGGAUGCGGAUGGGCAUGGAUGGAUAGUUCAGGGAACACUCAACUUAUGGGAACAAGGAACCUUCCCCGACGCGAAUCAGCCUUACACUCGGAAGUAG